AGGUGCACUUCGGGACUCACCUGGACGUGACCAGCUACGCCGAGGGGGUGCGGGAGACGCACAACCCGUCCGGCCGGGCCCUGCCCGCCGUCGUCUGGGACUUCUACCAGAACGGCUGCUCCCUGCGGCUCCUCAGCCCCCAGGCCUUCUCCCCCACCGUCUGGCACUUCCUCUCCAUCCUGCAGGAGCACUUCGGCAGCAUGGCGGGGGCCAACACAUACCUGACGCCACCUGGGACGCAGGGCUUUGCCCCCCACUAUGAUGACAUCGAGGCCUUCGUGCUGCAGCUGGAGGGGAAGAAGCACUGGCGCGUCUACAGCCCCCGGACAGAUGCAGAGGUGCUGCCCCAGUUCUCCAGCGCAAACCUCACACAGGCUGAGCUCGGCGAGCCCAUGCUGGAGACGGUGCUGGAGGCCGGGGACCUGCUGUACUUCCCCCGAGGCUUUAUCCACCAGGGUGACUGUCUUCCUGACGCGCACUCGCUCCACAUCACGGUGUCCUCCUACCAGAGGAACUCCUGGGGGGACUUCCUGGAGAAGCUCCUGCCGGCUGCUCUGCAGAUGGCCCUGGAGGAGGACGUGGAGUAUCGGCGAGGGCUUCCCAUGGACUACCUGGGGUACAUGGGGGUCACCAACUCGGACGCAGUCGACGCUCGCCGAACAGCCUUUAUGGGGAAGGUGCAGAGCCUGAUAAAGAAACUUGUUGACUAUGCACCCAUUGACGCUGCCGUGGAUCAGAGAGCCAAGUCGUUUCUUCAUGACUGUCUCCCCCCAGUGCUUACACAAAGUGAAAAGGCGCAGAGCAUGUACGGCUUCCCGGCCCGGUGGCAAGAUGGAGGGCCCUGUGAUGUUGAUAUACUGAUAACAAAAGACACACAAGUACGUCUCCUCCGCCAUGGCAUCAUUAGAUUGUGUAAUGAAGAAGCAGGUGUGAUGCUGUAUUACACGACAGAAAACUCAAGAGUGUAUCACAAGGAAGAACCCAAGUUCCUUGAGAUAGAUCCCGAGUACACAGACAGUAUCGAAUUUCUCCUGUCUUCCUAUCCAAACCACGUCAGUGUGGAUACCCUUCCAUGUGAAACCUUGGAGGACAAGAUUUCUCUAGCCACACUCCUGUUUGAGAAGGGCAUUCUGACCACAAAGAAGCCUCUGGUGCAAGUGUAACUCUUUAUUUUUUAACAAAAUAAACAUACAUUUGUUUAGAAA